AUGGUUCAACAGACUUGCAGCAGUCGUGUAACCUCGUGUAAAUACAUUAUCCAGGUGCUCAGUGUCUGCAAUGUUGCUCCGAGUGAGCUGUCCUGUCAACUGUCAGUGGGUUCCAGGCCAGUGGUUGGUGGUGUCAAGUCACGAAUUGGAGAUCAGUUUGCGAACCUGAACACAAGCUGGCCCAUCACCGGCUUCCAACGGACUUUUGAUGCACGGCAGAAGAUCGGCAUCACAGAUGCUCGACAGCGGUUAACCAUGCGAGAUGCUCGCGAACGCCUGGGACAGAAGGACGUGCGCUCCAAAAUACCAGCGAGUGCUUCAAAGGUUCUUGAUGCGCGCGAAAUGAUCAACUCGAGGAAGGGCCAGGAUGGAAACGAGAAAGGGCCGAUUGUGAAAAAGGUGUUGGAUGCCCGGGAACGCCUGAGUGCCAGGAGAAGUGCUCCAGCAGUCUCUACUGCUUCAACAGAAGGAACAGUCAGCACCGGAGGCAGGAUAACUAAAACAUUCCAAGUACCACAGAAAAGACCUGUCACUGCAGUGCUGUCUCAGCCCUUGGGGAUGCGAAUUAAUGUGGUGAAUGACCAGAGUCCUGACCAGGGUCUUGAGGAUGAGGAUGUGGAAGAUGAAGAAGAGGGUUUCCUGCAUUCGAUACCUGCGACAAACAAACCCUCCAAAAUCAGCACUGUGACAAACCACCUUACUCAGAAGAGGCCUGGUUUCACUGCCUCGCAGCUGUCUCUGGGGAAGCCUGUGCCUCUGACAAAAGUUGUCCAGAAUGACUCGUAUACUGCUCCUCCUCCACCUCCUCUCACCCUCACACGCUGCAGAUCGCCAGCAAACACAUCAAGGACGGCAGCACUGGCAGCGGAGCAGGACCCAACUGGUGAUGUGUUGCCUCUGGAGCUGAACCUGAGCCCAUUAGAGGGAACAAAAAUGACAGUCAAUAAUCUACAUCCCCGAGUGACUGAAGAGGACAUUGUGGAGUUGUUCUGUGUCUGCGGGGCUCUGAAACGGGCUCGUCUCCUUCACCCGGGACUCGCUGAAGUUGUUUUCGUCCGGAAGGAUGAUGCUAUCACUGCUUACAAGAAAUACAACAACAGAUGUUUAGACGGUCAGCCAAUGAAAUGUAACCUCCAUGUCAACGGGAAUGUCAUCACCUCAGACCAGCCAAUCCUUUUGAGACUGAGUGACAGUCCAGCUGUGAAGAAGCCCGAGUUUCCCAGGGCCAAGCCUCGACCGUCCAAUCAACCGGCUGCAGAGGUUGACCCAGAGACCGUCCUGAAGGCGCUUUUUAAAUCCUCAGGGCCCUCGACGUCAGCCCAGCCGACUGCUUUCAAGAUCAAGCUCUAAGCUGCUCCAGAGAUGACCACCCUCAGCACAUGGCUACAGCUCUGGGCCUCCCACUGUCCAGUCUAUCCUGUUGUCUCUAGAGGUUCGGUCAAAAAUCAAAAUUCCGACUCCUUUCUGUUUUAUCUCCGCUCAGAUGUUGUUUCUAAAACUGGAAUUCCGAGUGGGUGAAAAUGUGAGCUUUCCCCCCUGCCCUCGGUGUCCUGGUUUCACUGUCGAUCAACUGACUGCCCCUUACUCAGUCUGAACCUCACUGCUGGCCACAUUGUUAUUAUGGACUGAGCUGUCACUGAGCAUGUUACUCCCAGCUCCCCUCAUUCUGUCACUGGUUCAUGUGGUAGGGGGUGUGAGUGACAGACAGAGGCAGGUUUAUAAGACCCUUCCCGUACCCCCCAACCCCCCCCCCUCCCCCGAUCUCCCUUGAGUCCCACUAGUGAUAGGCGGGUGGUAGAGAGGGGGGUGGGAUCAGAAUUUGAGGAUAGUAUAAUUGCCUGGGCCAAUCUGUCAGCGUGUCUCAGCUGGUUACCUUCAAUGUUCCUCAUUCUUUCCCCAAACUGCCUUAAAUCAUACAAUCAACUGAAGAUGGGGAAUGUUGGACAUGCACAGCAGAUCCUUCGGUGUUCCCGACAGACCUGCAGUAUAUCCCUGACAUUCCCUCUUUGUGCUCCUGGCUGUGUUAGUGUUUACGGAUGGCCUGAGGAUCAAUAUAAAUGACCACUUCCCGGACCAGGCCCCUGGCAUUGCUGAGAGAGUCUGACUCGAUGCCUCAAUUGAUGGCUUGGCUGGUGUUAUGUAUCAGAUUCAGCAAAUUACUGCAAAAUGGUCCCAGAAAUCCCUUGUGCAAACUCCCACUUAGUCUUAAGGGACAACCAGCAGGUUCACAGUUACAAUGGAUAUUCGACUCUGAAAGUUUUCAUUAUACCCUCCUCUAAGGCAGUGGGCAGUUCCACAAGAUUCUGCCCCCUCCCCCACAGUCAGUGGGCUUUCUGAUGCCCCCCCAACUGAAUGCACAUGUCCCCCCCCCCCCGAAUAGAUACUGCAAUGUGUAGGUCCAUCCUCUUAAACAAAGAACUGCAGAUGCUGAAGAUCCAACAUAAAAACAGAAGAUGCUGGAGAAGCUGGCAGGUGUCUGUGGAGAAACAGUUAAUGUUUCCAGUUAGUUCUGAAGAAGGGUCACGGGAUUUGCAAUAUUAACUCUUGUUUCUGUCUCCACAGGUGCUGUCAGUCUUGCUGAGCUUCUCCAGCACUUUCUGUUCUUGUUGCUGUUACACCCUCCCUUGCUGACCCCAAGUUGAAUGUAAAGUAGUUCCACCUCCCCCCUCCCAAGUGGAUGCAAUGGCCUGUUCCACCUCUCCCCUCCCAAGUGGAUGCAAUGGCCUGUUCCACCUCUCCCCUCCCAAGUGGAUACAAUGGCCUGUUCCACCUCUCCCCUCCCAAGUGGAUGCAAUGGCCUGUUCCACCUCUUGCCCUCCCCAGUGGAUGCAAUGGCCUGUUCCACCUCUUGCCCUCCCCAGUGGAUGCAAUGGCCUGUUCCACCUCUUGCCCUCCCCAGUGGAUGCAAUGGCCUGUUCCACCUCUUGCCCUCCCCAGUGGAUGCAAUGGCCUGUUCCACCUCUUGCCCUCCCAAGUGGAUGCAAUGGCCUGUUCCACCUCUCCCCUCCCAAGUGGAUGCAAUGGCCUGUUCCACCUCUUGCCCUCCCCAGUGGAUGCAAUGGAGUGGGCAAUCCCCAUUAAGAAUCCAUGUUGCACAGGGCAAUGAAUAUCAGUCAGGUGCAGGGAGGCUGCGUGAGGUCUGUUUGUGACGAUAAUGCCCCUCUGCCUGUCUGGGUUCACCCUGCGGUACACAACUGGGUAAUGGGCCUGGUACUCACUCAUCCUGUGGACAGCCAGCUCCAGCAAGAGAUUCAGGUGAAAGCAUUGGGUCAUUGUGGGAAACAUGUUCUUCAACCUCUCUCUGCCUUGAGUGAGUGAGUGAGUGAUGGAAUUUCAGUGCCUGGGGAGUGCCCUGCAUCUCCGGAAGGAAAGGCUGAAGAAUGGGAUUAUUUCAGAUGCAGGGAUAUUUCAAAGGAACAGCUGUAAUUCAGAGACAGGGUCUUAGAGCCAGUGGCCUCUUCAACAUAGAUUGUAAAUAAGCUGAAUGAUAGGACUGUCCACAUGGGAAAGAGUCGAUCCUUUAGGUGAGCCAGUGCAUCUUUCUGUGUCUGAAUUGGUCAGUAGAUCCCUCCAUGUCUGGUAUAUUGAGUCCAUCCCGCUGGCUGAUAGGCUGGGAUCACCCCCAUGUCUCGGUGGGCAGGUGAGUAGAUCAACUGCAGCUGGGUAGAAAAGUGAGUAGAUCCCUGUUGUUCAGAUAGGACAGUGAGUAGAUUCCUAUUGUUUGGAUAGGAGAGUGAGUAGAUCCCUCUGCUUAGAUAAUAAGUAGAACACAUUUUUGUCUAGAUGGGGGAAUGAGUAGAUCCAUCUGUUUGGAUAGGUGAGUGAGUAGAUCUCUCUGGAUAGGAUCAUGAAAAAACCCCAUUUUUGAUCUGUAAGGCGUGAAGCUGGAGAGCUAUGGGGAAGGCAAAACGUUCAGGAGUGCUCUGGGAAAAGCUGUUUGACUGUAUAGUGACCUGGAAGGGAUGUUGCCUUAUCAAGUGAUUGGGGGCAGGGUAUCACCAGAGUGAGACUGAUGUAAUGUCUGGUAGCUGACGGAGCCAGCUACAUGGUGAUCCAUUGUGCAGCAUUCUUCCAAUUGAUGAGUGAUUUAAAUCAAAACAUCAGCCUGUCACCUCAUGUUCAAUUUGGUUUGAAAGAGUAGAUUGAGAGGGAGAUGUGUGGUACAAAACAGCCCCUAUGACUGUCACGAACAGCUACCUAUUGGUUGUUGGUGCUGGGAAUAGACUGGCUGGAGAGAACAGGAUAGUAACUCAUCCACAUGCCUGGCCUGCUCUGUCCAUUGUCAGCCUUCUGUUCUUGGAGUCAGGGAGUGAUUUGUUCACGCCUCACUCUGCGAGAUAUGAGCAUAAAGUUUAGGCUGGCUAUGUCAGGACAACCCUGUGGCAGUGCUCACCAGCCGCUGUGUAAGGUUCCAUGGCACUAUUCCCAGCAGAUGAAUUCUCCCUCAUUGCCUCUUGUUGCUGCUUGGGCAAGCUUGCCAUGUUUAAAGAGUGGCCAGCCACAUUUCCUACCUCACCGUUGUGAGCACGUUUCAUAAAGUACUUCACUGGCUUUGAGAGACGUCCUGGGGUAGUGAAAUCAGUUUCCUCCUUUCUGACCAGGUGAGUGAGUGAGUGAUGUGAAUGAUUUCCACCAUUGUAUGUUCACAUCUGUCAAUGAGCCAGUGUUUGACAAUAAUCCCAUUCUGUCCGUGACUGGGGUUUGUGGGGAAACUCCCAGAGUUGUAACUGUGGAGUCAUUGCAUUUGAGGGAUGAAAUUAAUUUUAAAUAAACUUAUUUUUAACAAAAAAAAACUCUCCGGGAGUAGCUGGUUUGCUGUAGCUACACAACGGACCCACAGGUGUGAAGAAGCACUUGGAGUAAGAUCUCGAAACUGUGACCUCGGUAUCAGUGGAAGUGUGAACUGAGCGGAUUCUGUUUGUGAAAUGGGUGUUGCUCCUCUCCUGAAUUAGCCUCAGGCACCUGAGGCCACACAAGCAAAACUGUUCUUAGCCUGAAUGAAGGUACAUUGAUUCUGAAUGCACACUGAGCCAGGAGUAGUUUUGGAAGUGUAGUCAUGGUCUGGCUUGCUUUCUGAGAAGGCUUCGGGUGCAGUCUGACACAGACUGAAUGCACAGAGCCUGGUGAAGGCCUAGGGCACAUAGAGGAAGCGGCCAUGCCAACUGACCCACAUCAGCUGUCUUACGGAGCCAUCUCGUGCCUGGAAGGUGACCAUUUUGAGCAGGAUUCUUCUGCGUUGGAGUUUGACCAUUUUAAACCAGAUGCUUUCAGCACCAAAUCUAGAUGGUGUCUGAUUGCACAAUUUGUGUAAAUAGAUUUAUCUUCUACAAUGUAUUCUGUUCCUCAUUUACAAUACAGCCUAAAUAGA